AUGAUAAUUGAUGAAUUGUAUGAAAAUGUUAUACAAAAACUCACAUCAGAUGGUAAAAUAAACCAAAUUUCUGAAGUACUAGCAACAUGUGUCAAUAAUGAAGAGAGAGUAUUACUGCUGUUUGAAAUUAUCACUGAUUUAGACUAUUUUCCACAAAUGAAAGUGUUCCCAAAAACUGAUGAAAUGUCUAAGCACUACCGUCUCCAAGGCAACCAUUACUAUACAAAACGAGACAACCACAAAGCUUUACAAUAUUAUAAUGUAUCACUGCUUACUGCUCCAUUGAAUUCAGAAAGUUUUGCCACUGCACUAUCAAAUAGAUCAGCUGUACUUUUUGCAUUAAAAAAAUAUAAAGACUGCAUACAGGAUAUAAACUUAUUUUUUACAUUAAAGCAUCCAGUUAAUUUGAAAGAUAAGUUGAUUAAAAGAAAGGAACUUUGUGAAGAAGGCUUAAAAAGAGUUGAAGAGGAAAAAGAAAACCCUGAAAUUUCAGAUAUUUUGACAUUCACAAGUGAUAAAAACGACAGAUAUUUAUGUGCAAGUUCAAAGCUUGAAGUGGUAUACAAUAAAGAAAUGGGUAGACAUGUUGUUGCAAAGGAAAAUAUUAAGGUUGGUGAAAUGGUUGCAGAAGAAGAACCAUACUUUCCUUUAUUAUUAAAGUCACAAAUUUUAUUUAGCUGUAGUAACUGUCUAUCACGACAAUGUCAUCUAAUACCAUGCAAUACUUGUUGUUUUGCACUCUAUUGCAAUGAAGAAUGUAGAGAAAGAGCAUGGAAAGAAUAUCACAAAGUGGAAUGCUGUCUUAUGGCGACAUUCAUUAGCAUGGCUUUUACUAAAAUUGAACUGUUAGCUCUUAGGACUGUAAUCAAAGCCCGUACUGACCAUUCUGAUUGGAAUGGCUUAUAUCUGACCAUUGAAGAAGCAGAGGCAAACAUCAAUACUAAAAAUCAUGGAUGUGUCAAGAUAGGGGAUAAAUGGAUUUAUGACUCUAAAUAUUAUGCUUCAAUACAUACAUUAGAAACAAAUGUUGAUAAGAGAUCUGCAUCAGAUAUUUUUCAGAAAGCUGUGACAUCUGCAAUCUUUUUAAACUUUCUUAGUGAAAACACGGACUUUUUGAAUGCUGAUACUGUAGAGGAAGAGGCAAAGGCUACUAAGUGUGUUGCUGGAUUACUGCUGCUUCAUGCAAUGACGACUCCCACUAAUAUGCAUGGGAUUAGUGCUAAUAGUGACACAUAUAGAACUGGCACAUACACAGAUGUUGUUAGCCUUGCAAGUGCUGCAUACGCUUUUCAUAGCUUGUUGAAUCACUCAUGUGCACCAAACAUUGUACGAUUUACCAAAUUAGGAACAGCAACAAUCACAUCAUUUGCACUCCGACCCAUUGCAAAGGGAACACAGAUAUUUGAUAACUAUGGUUCACAUCAUGCUAUAGCAGACAAAGUUGAGAGACAGUCAUGCCUACGAUAUCAAUACAAAUUUGCCUGCAUGUGUGAAGCUUGUGUUUACGGAUGGCCAACAUAUAUAAGCAUGAGACCUUCAAAAAGAUUGCCCACCAAAGUAACUAGAAGUAAGAGCAAGUAUUUAAGUCAUAAUAUUAUUGAAAAAUUACAAUGUGGUGACAAGGAAACAGCGAUAAAAGUAUUUCGCAGGCUCUGUAGUUUGUGCAUGGAAUUGGAAAGCUAUGCGCCUUGUAUGGAGCUUUGCGAUUGCCAAGAGGGCUUGAAACAAUGUCUGAGUAUCUUUGAGGGUCUCAUACCAUACGGUUUCAGUACAUCAAUUGAAUGGCACACUUAUCAAUUCUGACAUUAUCAGAGAUACAUUCAAUUUGUUCUUAUCAUUUCACUCACAUUUUUUAUAUUAUCAUUAUGUGAGAUAGAUUUAAGCGAUGUGAUUAGCUCUAUAAUGCUAAAACUACAAGAGGCAGGAAAUUAUUACGCCGAUAUAUGCCUAUAUAUUUUUGAAUUAAUAUUUGAAUAACGUAAUAACGGUAUUGGUGUAAGCUCUCAUGUGGUAAAUCUCGCUAUUUGUUAAAAUAAUAGUCCUAUAUACCUUUUAUUAAAUGUAAGCAUUUUAGAUUUGUGUGCCAAUAUUUUUUUUGUAUUAUUGUUGCUUUAUUUGUGAGUUCUGGUGAGUGUUAUUUUAAAUAAAAAAUUGUAGUGAUAAGAUUUAAUGUAAAAAUCAUUAUAUUGAAAAUAUUUUGACAAGAAUAUAUUUAAAGAGCUUAGAUAAUCUAUAUCUCUAGAUAGAGCUUGCUGUUAAGAUGACAGCUACGUUUUACACUCAUGAUAUGUAAGUCACAUUGUUUUAGUGUGUGUGCGUUGCUGAAAAUAGAGGUUUGUAGUUCGUCGCUAUUUUAUCGACGUGUUCACAUCAGUCACAGUCUAUCUAAUCGUCGUCACUUUUUGUUAUUAAAGCAUAGAACAUAGAGACAUUGCGAGAACCGCAUGAACUAUCGCAUUGGUCUUAUUUAUAUAAGUAAUUACAGCCAUCUUAAAAUACUCGAGCCUUUACGUCUGAACUCAAAUACAACUUAACACAAUGAGUGCUGAAAUACAAGAGCUGUGGUUCAUCGACUAACGCGGGUGUGGUGCGUUCAUUACACAAGUGCUGCGUUUGAAAAAUCAUCGAGGCACUUGUGCGGCUUUACACGUAGAGUGUGUUGUUUGAUAUAGCAUGUCGCAAAUUGUUCAACGCGGUAUUUUGCAGUUUGGAUAACAUUAACCGGUGGAAAAUUUAGUCUAUGCAGUCUCCAUAGCUUAACACCACGUGUUUCCUACGUCACAGUAAUAUUUUUUAUGUGUAACCACCGUGACCAUAGUAUGUCGACUUCCAUUUUUAAAGUGAUGUUAUCCGUGAGUGCCAAUCUCUUUGGCCGGUGAUAGAGCUAUAUAUAUAGCUGAAGCCUUGCUAUAUAGUAGAUUACAAGCCAGUUAACCGCUGCGGUCUACGGCAUACCACUAUAACCGGCCUAACUCUGUCUGCAAUUUUGUAGUUCCAAAGUGCACGUUUUGUAUUUCCGCGGUUCCUGCGUGUGUGAACUUGUCCUUAGUGCUGUAAAGUGUGUUAUUCGGUCUAUGUUUUUUGAAUCUCUUCAUUUACAAGGUAUAAAUUAAGUCUUAGUAAUAACCUUCAUACCUACUACCCUAAAAUUGGUUGUAUCUGAAUGUUCUAAAUAUAGUUAUACUACUAGAGCUAGAAAUGUUUAAUAAAACUAUGCGGCGUUAGUCAGGCUAUAAACAUACAGCCGCUUUAAAACACGCAUAACGUGUUUAACAGCACAGUUGUAUAUAAAACACAUCGUAAGUGUCUUAGCAGUUAAUGUUCUGUAUAGUUAUUUAAAUGUAAUAUGAAAGUUAAAACGAUUUUGAACUAGUAGGUAUUAUUUCCAAUCUGAAUUAACCUUAAGUGUUAACAUAACAUUGUAAAUGUAAUAAUUAAACAUUUAUUUUAUUUUCUUUAAACUUUUUUUUUAUUAAUAUAGAAUACAUUGCCAGUUCACAAUCGUUAUAGGUAUUAUACACAUAGACAGUAUAUAUACAGUAUUUCAUAGGUAUGAAACGACAAAAUGAUUAAAGUCAAAAUUUUACUUUAUAAUUAUUAUUUUAUAAAAACGUUAUUGAGUUACAAAUUAUUUUCAGUGUUUAUUACGAAUAUACAAAGUGUAUUUCUAAGUAUAUUAUGUUGUGUUUGGAGAAAAUAAGUGCAGAUUUUUAUGUAGCUGUUAAAAUACUUAUAGUCCUCGGCACCUAUUAGUUCCUAUAUUAACAUACAUUGACAUUAGACUGUGUGGUGAGUUGUGGUACGCUCUGCAUAUGCUUAGCUGGGUGCCUGUGACACCAAAUUUUUAUUAUUUAAAAUGUAUCUUAGUAGAUACACCAACACAUAUAUUCAGAGGUGGAUUAUCCAUUAGGAAACCUAGGCAGUGGUCUUCGUGCUUUCACAUGAAAAAGGAAAAAUGUAAUUUUUAUUGUGUAAAUAUUUUAAACCUUCUAUAAAACUGUAAAGCAUAAAACCACUGAGUUGAUUGUAUGAUAGUGAUAUGGUAGUGGUAUAUUAUAUAGCUGGAGAUACAGGUUUAUUAUGCAAUAUUAGUUUCUGUAUAUGACCGCCAAAGGAGACCUGAUAAGAUGCUUGGUGAUGUGUCUAGGCCACCCUUGACAACUCGAUACCUCAGUUACAGAGUAACAAUUCAGAAAAAGGUUCCAAAAGAAAUCAACUCGAGUUGUUACUGUAUGAACGGAAAGUUUGGAUAUCAUCCCCACCAUCUGGAUGUGUGGCGUUCCUCCACAGUGCGGUUUUUAAGAAACUUUCUUUCAAAUAGCUGUGAAAUGAGCUCAUUCUUGGAAGAAAAGACGCUUCCUUGUGCGGUGUUUCCAGAACUAUACGACAUGGGUUCGUACUGUUAUACGCCGGUCGUGUAGGUAUUAAUGCUGACCUAAUUGCUAUUCCAUCACAUAACCAGCAUUAGUCAGGGCAGCCAGUUUGUGCUUGCCCUUCAUAAGUUACGGUUCUGCCCAAGGGUCUCUAAAAACGUUAUUGUAUAAUCAAGUCUUCAUAUUCAUUAUUAGUUAUUUAUGCAACUGUAGUGUAAUAAGGGGUAUUAAAACACGAAUGUGGACUUAUCACACGAUCGCACUAGGGGAUGCCGAGUGUGAUAAUAGUAUGAGUGUUUUAAUACCUAAUUAUCAACAGUUGCAUACAAGACUUUAUCUACACCCAGAAUAUGAAUCCUCUAAAAGAUUCUGGAACAGUUAGCUUACUGCUAACAUUAAAACACCUGUUCUAGUAGUUACCUAAUAUAAUUCAUUACCGAUUAUAUACAAAUAAACUAAGUAUUAAUGAAACAAUUAUUUAUUUUAGUAGUAAUUUACAUUUUGUAUAGUGCAAUAAUUAAAAUUCACUCGAAUAUAAUGUUCUUUUGCGGCGUUUAAAAUGAAUCGCUCAUUUUUUGUAAACAAAACAAUAAAAAAAUCGAAGAAAAAUGGCGGGGAUUUCUAAUAACCUACUUUUUUUACGGCGCGCGACGUUCUGGUAGUGUGGAACGCCCGUAGAUGAAAAUGUUCUUUUUUUGAAAUUCAUACAGAUACCACGCAUCGAGCAAUAAGAAUGUGGCUGUCUGUUGAAACUGCCCAUGAGGGAUCGGCAAAAAAAACAGGAGUGUUGUUAUGAAAUUCAGUACAACAUUGCAACACUCGUUUGGAUGAUGUAAUGGUUAUUAGAACAUUGGGUGUUUUAAUGUUGACAAUAAGCUAACUGUUUCAGAAUCUUUAAUAGAGGAUUUAAAGCAUGGGUGUAGAUAAAAUAUAUUAUAAUUCUGUCAUAAUGUGUGUAAUAAAAAGCGAACUCAAAAGAGACCCAUAACAGUACAUUCAAAAAAAGGGCAUACACUGCCGGCAACGCUCUUGUGAUCUCCCUGGUAUUGUAGCAGAAUGUGGGCGGCGGUGAUCACUUAACAUCAGAUGACCCGUACGCUCGUUUGUCCUCUCUUCAAUUAAAAUAUUCUAGACUUAAAGAAUUAUCUGAAGUAACAACUAUUGUAGUUGUAGGUAUUGCAUUCACUUAACAACUUGUUUCUCUGUGAUGAUGGGUUAUCGUUUAUGGAACAUUUUCUCAUACUUUUUUUUAAACUUACUGAAUUUCAGACUUGUUACUCUAUGGAACUGAGGUAUUGAUCCGCCUCUGCAGAUACUCAAACAUUUAAAAAUAUCCAUCAAAAACAUAAAGUACUACAACUAUCACUGCACAUUUAUUACGCACACUGCUGAAGGUCGAUGUUGAGGACUAUAUUUCUAUUAUAUAACAUAAAUGAAAAAUAUAUAAAUAAUUUUUAUUAUUUCUGUUUGAUGAUUUUUUGAUGUGUUUAAUGUUUUAGAGUUAUUAAAAUAAUAUAAAAUGUA